AUGUCAUCGUCGUCAACCAAGGGAGUGCGCCAACGGCGCAAGACGGUCGAGAAGACAUCCAAGGAGCCGACAGAGGAGACCAAGGUGGGUGAGAGUGAGCCCGAGUCGCCAACGUCCUCGGUGCUGCCGUCGUCGCAUGCCCCCGCCGACAUCCAGGCCGAGGUGGUGGCCGAGCUCCGCGGCAAGAUCCUGUUCCGGCACGAGCUUGUCUUUGUCCUCUCGUGCAUCAAUGUCUUUGCCACGGCGUUUAUCCUGGGGCGAUGGCCGGUAGAGUACUACAAGUGGCACAGCAUCAAGGCUGUUGUGCUGAUGACUACGCGGACGUACACGUUCUUCAAGCAAAACUACCACAUGUACCUCCUUGAUCUUUGCUACUUUGUCAACGUCCUCGUCAUGGUCUACGUCUGGAUUCUCCCGCAUAAUGCUAUGCUCUUUCGCAUCAUCUUUGCCCUCUCCGGCACGCUCACCGCCUCGAUCGCCCUCUUCCGCAACUCGCUGGUCCUCCACUCGCACGCCUUUAUGACCUCGCUCUGGUUGCAUCUCUCACCGCCGCUCAUGGCCUGGGGUAUCCGAUGGCACGCCACCAACGGCGAGCCGUUCACCUAUUGCAUCACCGACGCGUGCUCGGUCUCGGCCUUUGCUGCCGAGCACGGCUAUUGGGGCAUCUUUGGGCCGGUCUUUGCCUUUUACGCCUUCUGGAUUAUCGUCCACUACUCAAUCGUGUUUGUCAUCAAGGAGAAAGCUGUCCGCGAGCAGGGGCUAGCCACUCUCUACGCCUCGUCAUCGCUGCGUCCGCUUGUCGCCCUCGGCGGCGACGCCGAGUGGAGGCGCCGCGCCGUCUACUUUGGAGGCCACGCUGUCUUUGCCGCCAUCUCGUGCAUUGGCGCCAUGAUCAUGUGGUCACACUACUGGAUCCACACCCUCUACCUCUGCGCCGUCAUGAUCUGCUCCGCCUGGAAUGGUGCCACUUUUAUGUUCCACGUCUUCUCCGCCCGGUAUCAGGACGAGCUCAAGGCCAAGGCCGAGGCCAAGGCUCAGAUAUCAUUCGACGGCGAUGCGCCGCCUACCAUCCUCUGAUGUUUGCCCAUGCAAGCAGAUGAAGCCUUCCACCCGUGACACUUGCCAUGACGCGCGUGCUCUACAUCGCUUUCGCAGGCUUCGCAGUCCGUACUUGCCUCUCCUCCCGCUGUACCACUGGCCCCACACAUACCGCGCCCAGCCGAUCCUACUCAAUCAACCUACCCAAUGGCCAACCACCCAACACCUCCCUUUGCUACCCAUUGCUACCCUUUGCUACCCCCUCUGUCCGCAUUAAGAUCAGAUUGAGAUCCCCA